AUGUCCAAAGCCACUUUGGCCGUCAUCGCGGCCGCGAGUGCCGCCACCGGUGCCGGUGUCACCGCACUCCUCUACUCCAAGCCUGCUCGCCCUCAACAGCAGCAACAACAACAACAACUCCCACCCUCCAGCAUCAGCGUGCAAGUUCCCACGACCACUCAAACUCCUACCCUCGCAGUCAAGGUUAAAGCCAUCGGCCCUGUCGAUCCCGCCGGUGUCCUUGAAUAUGGAUUCCCAGGCCCCAUUGCCGACGAGAUAUCCUCCCUCCCUCUACACGGCGCUUACGACCGUCGCACCCGCAAUCCCGCCUGGGUCGCCGAGCACAUUACACCGCAGUCCCUGCUGAUCAAGAACGCCGACCGCAAGCACAGCACCUUCUUCGAAGAUACUUCCAUCCCGGCUAUCUUCCGCGCCAAGCUGAGCGACUAUUUCCGCUCUGGAUAUGACCGCGGACACCAGGUCCCAGCCGCCGAUGCGAAAUGGUCGCAGGAGGCUAUGGACGGCACUUUUGCGCUGAGCAACAUGUGUCCGCAGGUUGGCGAGGGUUUCAACCGCGAUUACUGGGCUCACUUUGAGGAUUUCUGCCGAAAUCUUACCCAGAAGUACCCCUCUGUCCGUGUUGUCACUGGACCUCUGUACCUGCCCCAUCGCGACCCCGAUGGAAAAUGGCGUGUGAACUAUGAGGUGAUCGGUACCCCGCCUAACGUUGCUGUGCCGACUCAUUUCUAUAAGGUCAUUUAUGGUGAGGAUGGUACCGGUGGGCCGAACAGCAAGGUUGCGCUUGGUGCGUUCGUUUUGCCUAAUGCUCGCAUUAACAACCAGACGAGUCUGUCGAGCUUUGAGGUUCCGUUGGAGGUCCUGGAGCGGGCUUCUGGUCUGGAAUUUGCGGCCAAGCUUGACCUCAGCCGCCGUCGUCGGUUGUGUCAGGAGGUCAAGUGCGACAUUACCGUUCGCGAGUUCAACAACACCAAGAAGAAGCUUGCUUAG